AUGGUUUGGGCUGGCGCCGACAUCCUGCUGAGAGUUUACCUUAUCGAGAUCAAGAUGAAGCAUCUUUUUGAAGGUCCUUGCAGGGCAGGUGCGCGGGGCCAGCCGUGGCCCGGGGGAGGGCAGGCCCCUGUGCUGGGGUGCCGGGAGCGGGCUGUGCGCGUGACCGGCCGUGGCUCUGCGUCCCGAGUGGCUCCUGCCCUCUGCCCCGCCGGGAGGGCCGGGUCUGACGUCUGUGUUCCUCUCGCCGCAGAUGGGCAGAAGAAAGUGCAGGAAGAGUUCGACAUCGACAUGGACGCUCCAGAGACAGAACGGGCGGCCGUGGCCAUUCAGUCCCAGUUCAGAAAAUUCCAGAAGAAAAAGGCCGGCUCCCAGUCCUAGGGGGGGACGGCCCUCCUCGCCACCCGCCGCAAGACGCUGAACUCCGCCAUCACCUGUCAAGCAAUGACGAUGCCCCUAGAGAACACCUGCCCGCGACACGCACCCCCACCCCAUGCAUGCACCCCGCAGUAGAGCCCCCUAGAGGACGGUGUAGGCACUGCACCGUGAGUGGCUGCAGCUCUGCUCUCCAGAUGGUUCCUCCUGCAACCAGCCAUGGUCCUUGAUGUUGUAAUAAAAAGGAGUUGAGAUGCCUGA